CAGAUCAAUUUAUAUACCAAUUUGAUGUAAUGCGUUCAAUUCUGGCAGCUCAUUCUUUAUCUACGACACCGCCAAACUGCGUUCUCUUAACUUCACCCUUACCCCUCAUUCCCAUUGACAAUUAAUUUUUUAACCACCAGAUCAACCAACACCCAAGUUCUCUUUGACUUCAUACCCAACUUCUUUGAUUCAAACUCAUAAUCGUACCCUACCUUUAUUCCACCAAUCUUGCAGACAAUAUUCAGGGUGAUCUCCCAUGCGCAGAAUGUCUACCAUCACAAUUGGAAACCUACCCCGUUUGUCCUCAAAAGCUCUCUCUGAUAUCCUUCUUUCUCACGCCUCGUCGAACCUGGAUGCCCCUUCCAAGCCACAGAACUUAGCUAUUAUUGAUGUCCGUGAUGAUGAUCACAUAGGCGGCCAUAUCAAACAUUCUACCCACGUCCCAUCCUCCACUCUCGACUACAAGAUCCCCGAAUUGGUUCGGAAACUUAAGGAUAAAGAUACAGUUGUAUUUCACUGUGCUUUGAGUCAGCAGAGAGGCCCCAGUGCCGCAUUGAGAUAUAUACGCGAAAGGGAGAGGAUUAUGGGCGUGGGUGCCGGCAUGAGCGCUGGAUCUGUUGGAGAAGCCAUGAAGAAGAAUAAGGAGGCAGUUGAGAAGAAAGCUGAUGACGGGGAAUGGGAGGAUGUUGAAGAGGAAUCCGAGAAGAAAGAGCAAAAGGUCUACGUUCUGGAUCAAGGAUUCGUAGGAUGGCAGGAGAUAUAUGGCGAAGAUUCACGCUUGACAGAAGGAUAUCGGAAAGAGAUCUGGGAAAAUGGUUAUUAAGAUGAAACUGGGAAUUUCACCAACCAAUACCCUGCAAUAAAACAAUUUUAAGCACACAUACACGAGUCUUCAUGGUAUAAUACGCCUACUCUUUAUACAUAAGAACGGAAAUUCUUUUUUUCUUUGAGGGGGAGGGGGGCUUGCUUGCUAUGCGUAGCUCGCGGCAUUCAUCCAAAUUAUAUUCCACUCGAAUUCGACAACAGAGGUUACAAGAUAGAAGCACAGCCUCUACCUCAUUCACUGCUUUGUCCCCUCUACAUCUCUCACCAAGUCUAUUACCUUCUGAAUUGUUUCCUCUUCUAGGACGGAAAGCUCCCGCCUCAGAAAUUUCAGUCCGUACCGGCUAGAGAUCAUUUACUUCCUCAACAUCUGGCACAUAUAGUUGGCGGAGGUACAUGGCUUGUAGUUGAGCGAUCGAGAUUGUUGACAAUCCUUUGGCAACACUUUGAUUCGUACAGAAAAUUGGUCAUCCGAUUAUCUUGUGGACUGCGCAUGCCUAUGGCCUUAAGCAAGUCAUCAAAAGAGACAAUGAGAUGGGUGCACUUUAUGUCAUCCGCAAGCUAUGUAGCUGAUCCCAUUGGUUGGUGCCAUGACGCUUGAAGACUUGGUUCGUAAGUUGUGACAACCAACUCUUUCCUCGAGUUCUUGACUACUUUUCUUCUAAAAAAAGAUCCAAGAGCAUAACGAAUCCAUUGGACGUCUUACCAGCUUCAAAAGUCUUCCAAAGGUGAUACUGUAAGUCUUCGGAAGGUUUCACAUAAUGUAGUCCAGGCUGUGCAACAAGCACCCAUAAAACUUGUUAGGUAAAUGCUCUCUUGAAAAAUAUCUCCUCAGUAUAGUAUGAGAAUGCAAUAUCAUUGAUCAAAGACGCUACCUUCGGAUGACCAAGAUCUGGCCAUAAUGAAAAGGCGGUAUUGCCAUUCGUCAACUUGUGAAACAUAUCAACUGCAGACUUUACAAUUGGGGCGAGGGCGUUGACGUCAAGCAGAUGAGGAAACGGACUGGGUGAAACUAGGAUUGAAUGGAUUUCUCCAUGGAAUGUAUCAAUGUUAUCUUGGGUUUCUCAUCGCUUGCAAAAUAUGAAGAUGUGUACGUGUUUUCCGGAGCAUCUUCAUUUAGCUUUACCACCAUAUCAUUUCUUGAAAUGAUAGAUUAUCUUUGAAGACGGGGGUAUCGUCAAGUUGCGUUGCCGCCUUGAUCAAUGUUAAAUUCUGCCUGGCUGAAUUGUGUGCCUUCCUCCAAUCUCCUUCAGAAAUCAGUCGAGGGAGCCUAUAUCUACAUUUGAUGCCUUGCAACGAGCGACGGAUGCGAUGUGUCAAAAAAUCUUCUGGGAUACUGAAUCAAACUCAAACCAGAGCUGUACUACAUUUUUGCCAUCACGAUUUUGUUCAACUUCCACACUCAGCCUAGUCAUUUCGUAGUUCUCUUUCGAGAACAUCCGUCACAAUUCUCGUGUGCGAAUCAGGUCUUAUUAUAGCCAGGCAUCGAUGUUUUUUUCUUUCGUGGUCUUGCAGUGGCUAAGAUGGAACAAUAGCAGAGUUGUCUCAAGCAAGUGGAUAGAUAAUUCGCGUUGAUCUCGGAACUCGUGUAAAGAGGCCCAAAAGAUUCAAAGCCAGGAUGAGACAAACGUGAUGGAGGUUCUCGUCGUGAAUUUUUAGAGACGUAUUGAAUAUGGUUUCGCUUGUAGUUCUGCGAUAUUGAGAACGAGACAACGAGGUAGUGUUCCAGUCAUGA